GAAUUGACCUCGACAACGGAUUAGACUCCAAUGUGGGUGACGACUCCGAUUCCCUGGGCAACGCCAAGGGGAAGAGUUCCAUCACAACCCCACCAGCUAAGGAGAAGCGGAAGCCCUUCUUUAAGAAACAGGAGAACAUUCCUCCGUAUGAUGUCGUGCCUUCCAUGCGCCCGCUAGUGCUUGUUGGCCCAUCCCUCAAAGGGUAUGAGGUCACAGACAUGAUGCAGAAGGCGCUCUUUGAUUACAUUAAGCACAGAUUUGAGGGGAAGGUAAUCAUUACGCGGGUGAGUGCUGAUAUCUCUCUUGCAAAACGGAGUCUCCUAAACAACCCAAACAAACGUGCUCUUAUGGAACGAUCCAACUCCAGAUCUUCUUGUAUAGCAGAAGUUCAGGCUGAAAUAGAACGAAUAUUUGAACUAGCAAGAACUCUACAGUUAGUGGUGCUUGACUGUGACACUAUUAACCACCCCUCUCAACUUGCUAAGACAUCUCUUGCACCCAUUCUUGUAUACCUCAAGAUCUCGUCUCCUAAGGUAUUGCAGCGUUUAAUAAAGUCACGGGGAAAAUCUCAGAGUCGCAACUUGAGUGUUCAAAUGGUUGCAGCAGAAAAAUUAGCCCAGUGUCCACCAGAGAUGUUUGAUGUGAUUCUUGAUGAAAAUCAGCUUGAGGACGCAUGCGAACAUAUAGCAGAGUAUCUCGAUGCCUACUGGCAAGCAACGCACCCUCCGUUACCUCCACCCCAGAUUCAGAGACCAAUCCCUUCACCACAUACAAGUCCACGGUCUAACCAUGCGCAAGGAAGUCUCAUGCGAACUAAUUCUACACCUCCAGGUCCGCCCGGGUCCGUGGCUCGUGAGCCCGGCUACCCUCGCUAUCCGGAUGAGAGAGGUAAUGCUCCGGGAAGCAACCCAUCCCAGUAGUUAGUGUGGCCCAUCUGGCUUGGCCAUCGCUCGCCUCUAGGCGGACGUGGCCAGCCAGGGUGGCCCACCUUCCACGACAGCACCACAUCAGCUGUGUACCAUCGUGGAGGCCCAACCGGACAUGGGGGGCCGCGAGCGCUCCCGUCCCGUGACCCAAGAGACCUACGAGACCCACGCGAUAGAGACCUACGCGAUGAUGAGUAUGGCGACAGGCUUCCCCCACAAGACCCUGGGCUCAUGUACGACCGCCCACCAGACCGGCCCGGGCGAAGGCAGUUGCCCCCUACCAGGGAUGAUGAUUACCACUCCCCCCACCGCCCCCCCACACGCCAAGCCCUCAAUGUGUAGCAAUUAGCCCUUGUUUGUAGCAGUUAGUGCUUGUUUGUAGCAAUUAUUGCUCAUUUUUAGCCUUCUGCUAUGUUCAAGUCCAUAUAAUGGUAGAUUAUUAAGACACCUCUUGGUAUUCACUGCUCUUUUUAGGGUUGAGAAUUACUGGAAAUGCUUGUGAAGGCUAUACAUGGAAUGGCUACCAACAUUCACUGCUAACUCAGUCUGAGAUGUACUCAGUCCAAGCUACUGAACACUCUGGCACCUUCUAGUAUUUUGUGGUUGAGGCAGUAAUGGAAAAAUGACUCUUGGUUAUGAUAAGUUAACUAGAGAAUUCUUAAAAAAGUCUCUACCAUUCUGCCUACUUGGAGAAAACAUAUUGUGGGCAGUGGUUGUCUCAAAGCCAUAUGCAUAAAAGUUGGGAUUCUCCUGAACUGUACAUUGUGAUAGUCCAAUUUUGAGGUUGCAAAAUCAGUGUCACCUACUAGCCCUUCUGAAGCAUAAUACAUCUGUUUAUCCCCUCACCUAACCCCCCAGCUGCCUUACACAAAUAACCCCUUAUCAAAGAAGAGAGUAGAAGUCCUAGCCAUGGGGCCAUUAUUAGAGCUGUCCUAUGAGAUUAUCAUACAUGAGAACUGGAUACCCACAAUCAACUGAAGGCAUAUGGUACUGACCAGAAAUUUUGUUUUUUUUCUCUCUCUCUUUUUUUCCACACCUCUUGUAAUUCUGUACUUUACAGACUUUUUGGACCAGUUUGGUUUAUUGAGAGCACUGUGAUUGAUUGUGGAAAACCCAAAUCCCAUAAAUGAUAAUGUUCAUUUGCAUUGGCUCAUAUUGUGCCACUCAACUUCUCUAUGAAUGAUGUUUAAGAGUUCUGCCCCUGAGCCUUAGGCAGAGAUGCUGUGGAAAUUGUACGGGCUGGACGUUAUAAAUAGCAGUGUAAAUAUAGUUGGUUGUACACUAAGGAUCGGCACAUUAUCCUUCGCCCAAGUUGUUCUUAAACUGCCUUUUAACCACUGUAGUGUUGGAUAUUACACUAGUUUAUUACACUAGUUUUUAAUAUUUUCACUUUGUAGCUUGGAACUGUUUCUUAGGUUUACCAUUUUAUAUUCCAUAGUUGUUCACUUUGCAUUUUAAUCAGCCCAAUAAUGCAAAGUUAUUUUACAUCUAACAUUUGAAGUUGGACGAAGUUCAAAUUUUUAUAUGACAAUUUUUCUGAAUAAUCCUAAUAGUAAAGUGAUAAAAGAAUAAGAUUUGUGCAGAAACAGAGCAGUUAGUAAUGGAUAUUAUCAGUUAGAUUUUUGUUCUACUGUUUUGGGAUAGAGGUCUCAUAAUCACAUUUUGAACCAUCUAAACUUUUGCCAUUUGAUUAAACUCCUGAUUCAAAAAUGUGAUAGUAGAGUAUUAACCAGGCUUUGAGAAUUGACCAUGGUAAGCUUUAUGGUAUUACUGUACCUUUUUUAUGUAAUGAAUAUGAACUUUUAAGACCAAAAGCAUUCAUCAUUGCAGUUGUUGUUGUUGUACCCUUCCUAAUAGUGAAAUUGCAUCAAUUUCUACACCAAUAUAUUCUUAUUCUAUAAAGACUUUGCAAGUGUACAUCACAAAGAGAAUAUCACUUGCUUCUCAAGACUUUUAAGAAUGCUCAGCUGAUGUUAUGUCAAACUUUACUUUAUGUUAUAUAUACAUUUUACAUUUGUUAAUUUGCUAUUGUUAAGUAUAUAAGUUCUACAGUGACGUAAUUUAACAGAGUUCAUUUUACACAUUUUUUGUGUAUUGCAAAAUUUCCAUCUGCAGGUUGACCCAGCUAAGGUACUAGCCAUUGUUCACAUACUCUUUGUUGUAAGGCCAGAAUUGAGGAGUAAUAGAAAGGAUGAGAUAAAUGGUACCACUGAGUACUUAUCAGAAAUAUUUGGCUUCCUUGCUGAGUGAGGAAUUUAAACCAGCAGACAGUGAGGCAUUCAAUCAAAAUGUAGAUUAAAGUCACAAGAUUCUCAUACUCAGCUUUGUAUGACACUCUACAAUUUGGUCACCGCAGUUUGCUCGUGUUGUAUUAUAGCUUUUGGAUCUCCUGCUUUCCAUUAUUAUUCCUGUCAGUUUCAUUUGUAAUUUGCUGUACACCUACAUAGUUUUUAAGAUACUACAAAACCACUUGUAGUUUACCUGUCCUGUUUUAUUUGUGUUAUCCUUCAUUUGCUUACAGUUUUGUAUGUAAAUACUAUGUUAUUAACUUUCUUUUUUGAAAUGCCUAGUUUAGCCUUUUUUUUUUUCUUUUAAUUAUGGGCAUUCAAUACUGAAUAUCUCUGUAUAAGAUGAGCUGUUCCUGCAUAUUCUUGUGGAAAUGUUAAUUGCAACAAAGAGUAUUUUUUUGCACUUACCCAAGGUACUUGUUAAUAAGGUAACUCUGCAUAAGUUUGAUUGAGGAAGUAUUGUAUAGAAGAAAAAAGACUUGUUUAUGUUUUGCAAUAUCAGCUGCAUCCAGGAAACUUCGGUUUAGUACGAAGAUCUUAAAGAUGUUCUAUUCGAACUGUGAGGUAUAAUUUACAGUUGAAUCCUAACCCUAUGGGAUGUUUGUAGAUAUUAAAAACAAACUUUUUAUCACUAAACAUAUAUAGUAUUACCAAGAAUACUUCAGUAGGCUUUAGUAGCAUGCACACCAUAAACCCUCAAUAAAAUACUUCUGUUUUCCUCUUUCAAAAGAGCUAUUCAUUUUGAGAUAACUUCAUAUGUACUGAUGAUACACUACAUAUGUGCAGACAACUCAAAGGCCAAAUUCGUAAUGGUAAUCCUGUAGCUCCUAAGUUCUAAUUAUAUUUUAUAUAGAAUCAUUCAUCCUCAGGAUUCAUACACAGACUCUAGUAGAAAAGGGGAUUAUCAUAGUAAUUUUCAUUUGCUUAAGGUCUAAUGAAUAACAUGAUCAAAACACUACAUGUCAAAUUGUUCUCUCUGCAACACUAUACAGCAGUAACUCAGUUCACCAACAAUCCAACUUAUUAUAGCACAAGAUAGUGUGAUAUUACUACCAUAGUGUUUUUUUUUCUUUUCUUUUCUUUGUUUUCUUUUCAAAUUUUCUUCUUUUUGUAAGGAUUAUGUAAUGUCUUCACAUUCUCUUUGAGUGUUGCCGAUCCUUGAGUUGUGAGGCUGGGUUGAAUAAUACUUUUUAACCUAAUGGUGUUUGAGAAUCAUUUUUUGGUUUCCCUGUUGAGUGUCUGAAUGAUGAUAAUCUUGUAUGUGGUUAAACAAAAUACAUGCAUUAUCUUAAAAACAAAACAAAAAAAUGUUUAUAGGUAUGCAUCUUUUGAUCCUACUUUGCCCUGUCAACUUGUAAACUAAGGCACACAGGCAGGAGGUCUAAAGCUCCACAUCCAAUAUGUACCUAAAAUGAUUGUUCAAUUUCCCCCUCAUUUAUGUGCUUCAUUGUGUUGCUCUUGUUUAUGUUUUUUAUUUUUUAUAUUGGGCCUUUUUACAUUUUAUUAAUUAUAUUCUGUUGUACUCUGUAUUUGAAAUGAAAUUCAUAUUCUUUUAGAUUUAAUAUGUCUGCCACUUUGAGUGUAGAUUGAUUGUAAUCCAUAUUCUCUGUCUUAUUGUUUGUGUUUGAAUUAUAACAAGAAAUGUAGAAUGACUGAACAAAUUAUUUUAGGUACUAAAUGACUCUGUUCCAUUACAGAUAGGUUUUAUCUACAUAAAAUUAUAGCAAGACAUUAUCUCUUGCAGUAGUGUCGUAUACUUUUGAUGUGAAUUCUAAAGUAAACUAACAACAGAUGAUAUAAUUUUAUUAGAUGGGAAGUAAAGUAAGAGCAAUAUAGAUCACAUACAUAUAUUUUGAAAAUACAGACAUACAGAAGUACAUCUAGAAUAAAGAAAAUAUAUAAACAAGCAUGUUCACAUAUACAAACACAGGGAAAUGACAUGAAUACAUUUAGAUGCAUAUAAUUGUGCAAUCAUGCAUACUUCAUGAAGAACAACAACAAAAACAUUGUAUCUUACAGAUUUAAAAUUAAAAGGCAAUGAGUACAAAAUUUAGAUGCACAUAGCAUAACAAGGUCACCAACCAACUCAUCUCUCUGACAAAAUUCUAAAACGAUUUGUUGUGGAUUAAAACUCCAUAUUCACAGUACUUUAAGUCACUGUAAUGGUACUUUUGUCAGUGUAUGUAAUAGCAAGUUGGCUGUAGAAACUUCAGUAAUGUUUUAGAAUUUUGUUCCCCCUCACACACACAAGCGCCUCAUUCUUACUCUGCCUCACUUUUUCUCCAAGUUCAUGGGCAGUAUUCUUGAGAAGCACUUGAGGGAAACAAUCGAGUGGUUCCUUCUCCUGCUUUAGUCAAAAGUUUUUAGUUCCGUUAGCCCACCAGGACUCAAGAGUUGCCGCCCUGUCGAUGGUUUCAACUUCUUGUGCAUCUUCAGAGUUUUGCCCCAAAUGCUGUGAUUAACAGUUUUCCCAUUAGAAGGGAUGAAUUUAUUUCUCUGAGAGCAUUAUCAGAGUUUAACUAUGUGAAUAUCUUUAAUAUCUUUCUUGCUGCCUCCAUCACACUCUCAUGUACAAACCCUGAGUCCUUCCUCCACUCUCCUCAAUUCCUAGAUUAAUUCUUGUACAUCAUUGCUGUCAUCAACCACCUACAGACAAACCUCUCCUCGCGGCGCUUUUUACCAGUAGCGAAACUUGUUUGAUUUGUAUAAACUGGAUGUAAACCAUACCUCUUUAAGAUAAUCAAAGAAAAGAAUUUAUGGAAACAGUGUAAGUACUCAUUUCAAAAUGGAAUAUGAGGUUUGACUGUGGAAAAGUUGCUGCUAUAAAGGUUCUUAAACCAACAAGGAACCUACUGCUUUCUGCCAGUCUAAGCCUGUAGUAGCCUCAGAACAAGGUUCAUUUUCUUUAUGUUGUAUUUGCAGAUGUGUGAGGUUCGUGAAUCUAACAGAUUUUCUUGUCUGUUACAUUUAUAUUGAUAGACUUCACUAUAUUAACCAUUUGACUAGCAGUUCUAUACUGUUUGUAUCAUAUAUAUAUUUUUUUCAACACUGACAGCUUUGGAAGUCUGCACAACAAAAUACCCUAAAAGGAAAAGAAUCUUGUAUAGGCUUUCUAUUGGCUGAACCUUAGCAGCUGCAUUUCACAUGGCAUUUUGUAAUCUUUAUGAACCCCCUCACAGAAGACAUCUUUGCAUCAUGAAGUUUUGCCAAGAUUUUAUGUUUUUUUAACAGAAUGCAUGUGCCUUUUCUAGUUCUUGUUAUUCAUGCUAGGGUAUAUGCCUCUCAGUCUUGAUAACAAAUGUUAUACUCACCUCCAGCCUUAUAUCAUUACUAACUUAACACAUCUUUCAUUCCUUCUUUUAAAAUUCAUUAGUUUAGCAUGUGAGACUUCAUUGUUCUUGGCACCUGCAGUAGAUGAUUAUAUAGUUGGUAUGAUGCAAAGAUGUUUUUUCUAUUUUUUUCAUAUUCUCCCAUUAUUUAAAAGGCAUUCUCUUCCAUCCUGUUCUGUAUUUUAUCAUCCCAUAAGUUAUAAGUACAGUAGCUUCUGGUUAAUAUGACUGCUUUUGGUGGUAACAUAGUUACCAUUUUUCAUAAUGCCUUGUGGCUGUAAUAAAUAUCGGGUAUCUGCAUGAGUGGUAAGUGUGUGACUAUGAUUUUGAUAGCAUGCAGCUGAAACUGCAACCAGCAAUGAUAUUAACUGGUGUUACUGUGUGGAAUUCCCAUGUACUCCACAUACAACUUCUCUCUCUCCUAUCUUUAAAAUCCCAACCCUUCUUAGUGGCACCUUUCAGUCCUUCUUACAUUCUCUACUCUUUCAGCAUUCCCAUCCUCUUGCUUCUGUAUAUGCCAUACCAUCCUCCAUGUACUCUUCUCUUCAAAAAAAGGAAAAAAAAAUCUUGUUUACCCCUAUUGCAUGUAUGACUCACAGACUACAUUUUGUUGCAAAAAUUUGUAAAUAAUAAGAACUUUUUAUCAUGA